CGUCUUCCCCAAAUCUCACUCUACAUCCCCUGAGAAAAUCACUCACAAGAAAACUUCCUUUUUCUCUCUCAAACUUUCCUUUUUUUUCUUCAAAUUUCUUUCCAAUUUCAAAAUAAGAAAACAAAAUGAAUGACUUAAUGACCAAAUCUUUCACAAGCUAUGUGGAUCUGAAGAAGGCAGCCAUGAAGGAUCUCGAUCUCGAAGCCGGUCUAGAAAUGGCAUCAUCCGUUAACGGUGACAACGGUGACAUGGGUCAGUUUCUGGAAGAGGCAGAGAAGGUGAAAAUGGAGAUGGGUUCGAUUAGAGAGAUUUUAGUUAAACUCCAACAAGCUAACGAAGAGACCAAAUCUGCUCACAAACCCGAAACCCUCAAAUUGCUUCGUGAUGCGAUCAAUGUCGACAUUGUCACUGUCCUGAAAAAGGCAAGGUCGAUCCGAUCUCAGCUUGAGGAAAUGGAUCGUGCCAACGCUGCCAAGAAACGUCUCUCCGGCAGCAAAGAAGGUUCUGCCAUUUACAGGACAAGAAUUGCAGUGACCAACGGGCUACGGAAGAAGCUAAAGGAAUUAAUGAUGGAGUUUCAAAGCUUGAGGCAGAGGAUGAUGACAGAGUACAAAGAAACGGUUGGGCGCCGAUACUUCACGGUGACGGGGGAGCAUCCGGAGGAAGAGGUAAUAGAGAAGAUAAUAUCGAAUGGGGGGGAGGAGUUUUUAGCAAGGGCAAUACAGGAGCACGGGCGAGGGAAGGUGGCGGAGACGGUGGUUGAGAUACAGGACCGACAUGGGGCGGCGAAGGAGAUAGAGAAGAGCUUGUUAGAGCUACACCAAGUGUUUUUGGACAUGGCAGUAAUGGUUGAAGCACAAGGGGAGAAAAUGGAUGAUAUUGAACAUCACGUUAUGAAUGCCUCACAAUAUGUUAGAGAUGGGACUAAGGAUUUGAAAACAGCAAAGGAUUUGCAAAGGAAUAGUAGAAAAUGUAUGUGUUUUGGGAUUUUGCUUUUGCUUGUGCUUAUUUUGGUUGUUGUUAUCCCAAUUGCUGUUAGUUUUGGAAGUUCUUGAAAGAACAAUUCAUUGGGAUUUUUGAUUUGAUGAGAUGAUGGGGAUGUGUUUCUUGGCAUCCCUAAUUGAAAUAUUGUGUGUAUUAAGAGAUUUGGGGAAUUGUAAUGCAAAUUUAAUUGA